AGCAACAACAACGACAACAACAACGACAACAACAACAACAACAACAACAACAACAACAACAACAUCAACAACAAGAACAACAACAGGAACAACAACAACAACAACAACAACAACAACAACAACAAAAACAACAACAACAACAACGACGACGACAACAACAACAACAACAACAAUAACAACAACGACAACAACAACAACGAAAACAACAAUCACAACAACAACAACAACUACAACAACAACAACAACAACAACAACAACAACAACAACAACAACAAGAACAACAACAACAAGGAUGACGACGACUACCACAAUGACGACAACAUUGACAAUGACGAGAACAACAUCAACAAUGACAACAACAACAACAACAACAGCAACAACACUGACAACGACAACAACAACGACAACAAGAACAACAGCAACAACAACCAUAAGAACACCAACAACAAGAACGACGACGAAAAUGACGAGGACGACAACAAUGACUACGACAACAAUGACAAUGAUGGGAACAACGACAACAACGAUAACAACAACAACGACGACAAGAGCGACAACAACAACAACAACAACAACAACAACAACAAAAAUAAUGACGUGACAACAUCGACAUUAACGACAACAACGACAACAACGACAACAACAACAACACAAGAACACAACAACGAGAACAGCAACAACAACAACAACAACAACAGCAACAACAACAACGAAGACGAUGACGACAACGACAACAACAACAACAACAACAACAACAACAACCACAACAAUAAC